CAGAAAUUCAUCAUUUAAACUGAUUAGAUAAAAGCCUAACACUUCCAAAAUCUUCUUCUUCGAUCCCUUUCUCUUUCCCAUUUCUAUAUAAACUUGUUCACCGUCUUCAUCUCGUUCAGUUCUAAAGUGAAUCGACUUUUUAGCCAGCUUUAUCUUCUUCAGAAUGAGAACUGAAGACGGGAAAGGCGCGUAUUCAGAUAACAAUUCCGAUACCGAGAGCAUUUCCAGUGACAGAACCGCCUUCAGUGGCCCUCUUGGGGCCGCUAUUCAUAACAACAAAAGGGCAUCCAAGAAAAGCGCGAGGUUCAAUCUCUCUCCAGAGAUAAUAAACGGUUCAAAUCCAGGAGCUUCCACCAGUAAUCCUGCUGAUGAUGAUAACUACGUUGAGAUUACUCUCGACAUUCGCGACGAUUCGGUUGCAGUGCAUAGCGUGCACCAUGCCGGAGGCGGAGAAGCUCUGCAUGACGAUCCGGAGCUGUCUUUGUUGGCCAAAAAGACGUUGGAGAACAAAUCCUCUUCCGUUCGUUCUUCCUUGUUCCGCAACACUUCGUCACAUAUUAGACAGGUUUCGCAGGAGCUGAAACGCCUUGCUUCGUUUACUAAACGAUCGAGCAGGCGGUUUGAUCGCACAAAAUCAGCUGCUGCGCACGCCUUGAAAGGCCUCAAGUUUAUCACUGCCAAAACUGGAGCUUCUGGAAAUGGAUGGUCUUCUGUCGAGAAGCGAUUCAACGACCUCACAGCCUCCACAAACGGCAUGCUUCAGAGCUCCAUGUUCGGCGAAUGUAUAGGUAUGAACUCGAAGGAGUUUGCGGGAGAAUUAUUUAUGGCGCUGGCGAGGAAGCAUAAUAUAACUGGAGAUUCGAUUACAAAGGCACAACUCAAACUAUUUUGGGAUCAAAUUUCUGAUGAGAGUUUUGAUUCCAGGCUGCAGACUUUCUUUGACAUGGUUGAUAAAGAUCAUGAUGGAAGAAUCACAGAAGAAGAAGUCAAAGAGAUUAUAACUCUUAGUGCUUCUGCAAACAAGCUAUCAAACAUUCAGAAGCAAGCAGAGGAAUAUGCAGCUUUGAUUAUGGAAGAAUUAGACCCUGAUAAUGCUGGAUACAUUAUGGUUCAUAACCUGGAAACCCUGCUAUUGCAAGCACCAAAUCAAUCUGUGAGAGUUGGAGAUAGUAGAAUUCUGAGUCAAUUACUGAGCCAGAAGUUGCAGCCUACACAAGAGAGCAACAUUGUGACCAGAAAUUAUGAGAAAAUGAAGUAUUUUCUCAUUGAUAAUUGGCAAAGAAUCUGGAUUAUGAUGUUGUGGCUCGGAAUUGCUUCGGGAUUAUUCGCGUAUAAGUUCAUUCAAUAUCGACACAGAGCCGCGUACGAUGUGAUGGGGUAUUGUGUUUGCAUUGCUAAGGGAGGAGCAGAAACUCUUAAAUUCAACAUGGCUUUGAUUUUACUACCAGUUUGCCGCAACACCAUAACUUGGCUUAGAAACAAGACCAAAUUAGGCCUUGUAGUGCCCUUUGAUGACAAUUUGAAUUUCCAUAAGGUGAUUGCUGUGGGGAUUGCAAUUGGAGUUAUUCUUCAUGGUGGAGCUCAUUUGACUUGUGAUUUUCCCAGGCUUCUAAAUGCCUCAGAGGAGGAAUAUGAGCCCAUGGAGAAAUAUUUUGGGGAUCAACCAACAAGUUAUUGGUGGUUUGUUAAGGGAGUUGAAGGAAUUACAGGGAUUAUAAUGGUGGUGUUGAUGGCUAUCGCUUUUACACUCGCCACCCCUUGGUUUCGACGCAACAAGCUCAACCUCCCUAAACCCUUAAGAAAACUCACCGGUUUCAACGCGUUUUGGUACUCACACCAUCUCUUCGUUAUAGUCUACACUCUUCUUGUCGUUCAUGGAAUUUAUCUCUACCUCACCAAGACUUGGUAUCAGAAAACGACAUGGAUGUAUCUCGCCGUGCCGGUUCUUCUUUAUGGUUGUGAGAGGUUGAUUAGGGCUUUUAGAUCAAGCAUAAAGCCUGUUAAAAUUCUAAAGGUUGCUGUUUAUCCUGGAAAUGUAUUGGCAUUGCACAUGUCAAAACCUCAAGGCUUCAAAUACAAGAGUGGACAAUACAUGUUUGUCAAUUGCGCAGCUGUCUCUCCUUUUGAAUGGCACCCAUUUUCUAUCACUUCAGCCCCCGGAGAUGACUAUCUAAGUGUUCACAUCCGAACUCUUGGUGACUGGACUCGACAACUCAGAACUGUUUUCUCCGAGGUUUGUCAGCCCCCACCGGCCGGAAAAAGUGGACUUCUUAGAGCCGAUUUUAUGCAAGGAGGAAGCAACCCAAGCUUUCCCAAGAUUUUGAUAGAUGGUCCAUAUGGGGCACCAGCACAAGACUAUAAACAGUAUGAUGUGGUGCUACUUGUGGGAUUAGGAAUUGGAGCAACACCCAUGAUCAGUAUUGUCAAGGACAUAAUAAAAAAUAUGCAAUCGGAUUACAGUUCAGAUAUAGAAAGCGGGAGAUCAUCAAAUGGCAAAGGAUCCUUCAAAACACAAAAGGCAUAUUUCUAUUGGGUGACGCGUGAACAGGGUUCGUUCGAGUGGUUCAAAGGGAUAAUGAACGAAGUGGCGGAGAUGGAUGAGAAGCAAGUAAUAGAAUUACACAACUAUUGCACAAGUGUGUAUGAAGAAGGAGAUGCAAGAUCAGCAUUGAUAGCAAUGCUUCAAUCUUUACAACAUGCUAAGAAUGGUGUGGAUGUGGUCUCAGGAACAAGAGUUAAAUCCCAUUUUGCAAAGCCAAAUUGGAGACAAGUUUACAAGAAAAUUGCACUCCAUCACCCAGAUUCUAGAAUCGGAGUUUUCUAUUGUGGGGCACCGGCACUAACAAAGGAGCUAAAGCAAUUGGCUUUGGACUUUUCUCACAAGACAUCCACCAAGUUUGAUUUUCAUAAAGAGAAUUUCUGAACAUGAAGAUGAUAAGACUGAGAUUGUUGAUAAUGCCUUGGGAUCACCAAAAAUUACAUCACCCAAUUGCAAAUAGUUUAGCUUUUAAUUUAGUUUAGUCCUACCACACGUGAUGA